AUGAAGCUUGUUCUUCUUUUCGUUCUAUUUGGUGCAGUUGUGAGUAAUUUGUCAUCUGAAUGGGAUAAAUUCAAACGUGACUACAAGAAACAGUAUGCAUCAGUUGCUGAGGAAAACGAACGUAGACAAAUAUUUAUCGAAAAUAUUAAUCGAAUGCGUUUUUAUCAGGAAGCUCAUCCUUAUGCAACAUUCACAAUGGCAAUGAAUCAUUUAACAGAUCGACGCAUUGAGGAGCUUGUAUCUGGAUCAAAAUUUCACCUUGACGCUCGACCAGUAUUACUCAAAACUUCGAUCGAAGUAAAGAAUUUACCUGAAUCACUUGAUUGGCGCACGAAAGGUGUGAUCACGCCUGUGAUUGAGGAAGGUCCAAUUGGAGUGAUCUUGGGGCCCCUUGUGGCUACUGAACUCGUGGAGAGUCUUCACGCCAUUCAUACCAACAAUCUCACGGAAGGCAGCAUUCCAAGAGUAUACGAUUGUUGUCUGGUAGCACCCGAUCCUUUUGAAUGCAUGAUGAAGUUAGGUGGUAUUUGUCGAAAGAUUGACUAUCCAAAAAUUCUCGAUAAAUGCGAACCGAACGCAUGCAAACCUUUCACUACGUUUGACGAAAUAAAGAGACUCAUAGAGAAAGAUGAAAACAAGAUGCUAACUUGGAUCCAAGAAUCCACUCUAUGGGUGGUAAUGAACGGUUUUGGUAAAGGAUUCGGAGAUUACAAGGAAGGUAUUUACGAUGAACCAACAUGUCCUCAAACAGAUGGAAACCAUGCAAUGCAAGUUGUUGGUUACGGUAUCGAGGGUGGAAAACCUUACUGGCUGUGCAAAAAUAGUUGGGGAGAUAACUGGGGUGAGAAAGGUUAUAUUCGUAUGGUACGUGGUAAGAAUAUGUGUGGCAUCGCUAAUGGAGUCGUACAAGUGGCCUAUAAAAAGACCAGCAGUGCCACACGAUUACUCAUCAUGUAUCCAACUUUUCUUACAUUUGUAUUAGCGAUGAUGAUUUCUCGAAGUAUCGCUAUCUAA